UGUCUGUAUUUAUCGCCUCUACUCGUAUAUAACGAGUUAGAUUUCCAAUGUAAUUAUUCAGUCAUCGUUUAACUUUCAAUCAGAAUGGACUUCGAAGACAAAGUCGUUAUAGUGACAGGAGCAAGCAGCGGUAUUGGUGCCGCUUGUGCGCUGAGUUUUGCUAAGCUAUCUGCUAAAUUAACAAUAGUUGGCCGCAAUGUUGAAAAACUUAGGGAAGUCCAUGAUCAAUGUGAGGAAGCGAGUGGCAAAAAACCCUUAAUAGUCGUCGCCGAUAUAAGUAAAGAAGAGGACAACGCACGGAUAAUCAAAGAAACAGUAGAUUUCUAUGGAAAAAUUGAUGUCCUCGUCAACAACGCAGGGAUGCUGCUCAUGGCAAAAUUGAUGGACGAUAUUAGCAACUACGAUCGUAUAUCUGCAACAAACGUUCGAGGCACUUACGUCUUAACUCAGCUAGCGGUGCCGCAUCUGACCGAGACUAAAGGUAACAUCGUUAAUGUGUCAAGUGUAGUGUCGACAGUUCCAAUACCGGCCAUGGUGCCUUACUGCAUGGCAAAAGCCGCACUUGAUAUGCUCACAAAAUGUGCCGCGCUGGAACUAGCCAGUCAAGGAGUGAGAGUGAACUCUGUUAACCCAGGACCGGUCGCUACGAAUAUAUUCAAAACGGCCGGUGCAACUGAGGACCAAAAUAAAUAUAUAUACGAAACUAUGGGAGCGUCAGUUCCUUUGAAGAAAAUAGCGACGAGUGAAGAUAUUGCGAAUACAGUGGUGUUCCUGGCCAGUGAUCGUGCUAGUUGCAUAACUGGUAGCUUCCAUAUCGUUGACUGUGGCCUGCACCUGGGUGAACCCAUUGUUAAAAAUUAAAUAAGAAUAAUUUGACUUACCCAGUAGUGGAGUUAUGUGGUACCUUAAAGCUUAUUUUUAAAUACUUACGUAUUAUAUAUGCGUGUAUUUUAGUAUAAUACGAGGCGUUUUGUAUUUGUAUCUUAUUUGUAUGUUUAAUGUGAUAUUUAUAAAUAGAAAACUCUUUCCAAAAA